AUGGCCGUUGAGGUCACUCCUGCUACUCCUGUACUUGUUGCUGCUGCUGCUGCGGCAACUACCACUGCAGCAGCUACAAUUGCCACUACCCUUCACCACCCUAGGAGACAACGACAACUUCCUCAGAGAUUCAGGCAGGACAAUGCAGCUGGUCAUCCAGGUGACAGUGAGUGGAUCAAUAUCAACAAUGUCAGUGGCAGUGAAGAUGAUGACAACCCACCUGAAGUCAUGGCUGUCGCCAACACAAACCUAUCUGAUGCCAACACAAACCUAGUCAACACCAACACUAACUUAGCCAAUGCCAAUACCAAUACAAACCCAAGUCCACUGCAGACAGCGACUAGCACUUUCCCCACCAAUCCUUUUGCUACAAGGAAAUGA